AUGGACUCCUUGUCGGACACCCAGCUUGUUCUUGCAGCCGCUGCGUCGUUUGCGGGAAUCUACGGUCUCCUCUCGUUUGUUUUGCCCCACUCCCAAAUCCCACUUUUGCUGGCUGUGUUCGUAGGGUCCAACAUGAUCUCCAGAACAAGCGUUUUCCAACGAGCAAUACGACUGGCAGUAGAGCAUCUGCAACGGCGAAGAGUGGCUCUUUUCAGUGGAGGUGAUAGAAAUGCUCCUGAGGAGCAUCGGAGGUUUGAAGCACUAGCCGGAACGGCGAAAAUCGAGUUGCUUUCUGCCAUCAAAUCUUUGGACGCUUACCUGAAGCAUUGCAAGAACUACAACGCUAGAAGACGCAAGUUGUUCAAGUUGCUUUCGUGGAGGCAGCAGAAGCUAUGCGAGGAGGCAGGUUACUUGCAGAAGUUGAAGCAGAUCGAUCUUCAUAUCGAUAAGAACCAGAGUGUGUUGCACGAUAUCAUCUACUCUGCUAAGCAGGAGUAUGGGCUUAUAUAUCGGGACUUCGGCUUGUUGGAUGGCGAAAAGAACUUGCCCAAUACCUCAAGCACAAAUUAUAGAGUGAUAGAGGCAUUGACCCAUUUUGUGAGAGACUGGACUAGCGACGGUGCAGAAGAGUGUGGCCCACUCUUGAAGUUUGUCAAAGAACAGCUCCUGAAGGUGAUCCCAGAAAACGAGGCUGCCGACACCUGCAUUGUUGUUCCUGGCUCGGGCCUUGGCCGUGUUGCCCACGAGAUUGCAAUUUAUAGGGACUAUGGUGCUGUUUAUGCCGUUGAAUUCAGCGGACUUAUGCAUGCGUGCAACAAGUUUGUCUAUCAACAAAAGAAGGAUCACACCAGCAUUUUUCCAUAUAUUCAUUCGUGCCUGAACUUUGUCACCACAAGGGCUCAGUUCCGUGAAAGAAGUUUACCUUCUCCUACACAACCGAGCAACUUGCAUCUUUGUCUUGAUGAUUUCCGUUACUUUACUAUUCCUGACAAAGAACGUUACAAGAACGUUGUGGUUGUGUCUGUCUUCUUCGUGGACACUGCAGAGAACAUAAUAGAUUAUCUUGACGUAAUCAGUCAACUUACAACGCCGUCAAAACGGAAUCCAAUGAAAAAUGGCUACUGGAUUAAUGUGGGACCCUUGAAGUAUGGCACUGCGGCACAGGCCGAGCUCAAUGUGGAGGAGAUUCAAACUGUGAGAAAGAGAAUGGGCUGGAAAGAUCUUUGCACAGAGAACACAUUGGACAGUCGAGAAAAACCAGUGAUUGGGUACAUUACAGACAAGGAGAGUAUGUGGCAGGGAUUCUACGGGUUGUCCAAAUGGACAAGUGCUCAAAAUGGCAACGAACGCAAGCAUAAAAAUUGA